AUAAGUUCCAUUAUGCAUGACUCUUUAACACUAAAAUAAAGUAAAAAGAAUAAUAGUAUAUUGGUGAGAAUGUGCACAAACCCAAUCACUUCUAAACACGUGGCAGUGAUCGGAGCCGGAGCAGCCGGUAUCAUAACGUCUAGGGAGCUCCGUCGUGAAGGUCACAGUGUCGUUGUGUAUGAACGGGAGAAACAAGUUGGUGGUCUUUGGGUUUACACACCUAAAUCCGACUCCGACCCACUUAGCCUUGACCCGACCCGAUCCAAAGUCCACUCUAGCAUCUACGAGUCUCUCCGAACCAAUGUCCCGAGAGAAAGUAUGGGUGUCAGGGACUUCCCGUUUUUGCCACGUUUUGAUGACGAGUCAAGAGACCCGAGACGGUAUCCAAAUCACAGGGAAGUUCUUGCGUAUAUUCAAGACUUUGCUAAAGAGUUUAAAAUAGAGGAGAUGAUCCGGUUCGAGACCGAGGUGGUUCGGGUUGAACCGGUUGACGGGAAAUGGAGAGUCCAGUCCAAAAAAUCCGGCGGGUUCUUGAAAGAUGAGAUCUAUGACGCCGUCGUGGUUUGCAAUGGACAUUAUACUGAACCAAACAUUACUCAUAUUCCUGGUAUAAAAUCGUGGCCAGGAAAGCAGAUCCAUAGCCACAACUACAGAGUUCCUGAUCCAUUCGAAAACGAGGUGGUGGUGGUGAUUGGAAAUUUUGCGAGCGGUGCCGAUAUUAGUAGGGACAUAGCUAAGGUCGCGAAAGAAGUCCACAUUGCGUCUAGAGCAAGGGAACCCCACACAUUCGAAAAGAUUUCCGUUCCCCAGAACAAUCUAUGGAUGCAUUCCGAAAUCGACACAACCCAUGAAGAUGGGUCGAUUGUUUUCAAAAACGGGAAGGUGGUAUUUGCUGAUAGCAUUGUGUAUUGUACCGGGUACAAAUAUAACUUUCCAUUUCUUGAAACCAAUGGCUAUUUGCGCAUUGAUGAAAAACGCGUUGAACCUCUAUACAAGCAUGUCUUUCCACCCGCGCUUGCCCCCGGACUUUCUUUCGUAGGUGUACCAGCAAUGGGUAUAGUAUUUGUUAUGUUUGAAAUCCAAAGCAAAUGGGUGGCAGCAGUCUUGUCAGGACGUGUUACACUUCCUUCACCAGAAAAGAUGAUGGAAGAUAUUAAUGCUUGGUAUGCAUCGCUUGAUGCGUUAGGUAUUCCCAAGAGACAUACACAUACGAUAGGUAGAAUUCAGAGGGAGUACCUCAAUUGGGUCGCAGAAGAAUGUGGUUGUGAACUCGUUGAACGUUGGAGAGGUCAAGAAGUUGAUGGCGGAUACAUGAGACUUGUCGCCCAUCCAGAAACUUACCGUGAUGAAUGGGACGACGAUGAACUCAUAGAAGAAGCGUACAAUGAUUUUUCUAGGAAGAAGUUGAUUAGUUUUGAUCCUUCUUAUUACCUCGAAAAUGGAAGAUGAUUUGCGUCAAUAGUACCGACUUGAUUUCAAUAAAUUGCUAAACUAUUG